AGCAAGUGGUGUCCUCUAUAGAACCUACCGAAUACUUCAAAAAGCGUCAUGACAUAAAAAAAAAUGGCCGAAUAAUACAUAAAUCCUGUCUGUAUCACUUAGGAAUUUCGUAGUAUUUUUCACUCCUGUGAGGUCAUAUUUUACCCAGAUGUUUGUCAGGUGAGGUUAACGCUCCUUGCGGAAUACCAAAAAUGAUGCAUCGAAGGGGAGGAAAGAGAAUCCGGAUGGACGAUCCAGUCCCUCCGGAGUUUGAAGCACCAAUGACACCGAUGACGCCCGUCAAUGACAAUGCCGCUGUUGACAGUCAGGAAUCUUAUACCGCUUAUUCGUCGUACAAUCAAGCACCUCAAACUCCGGUGCACAAUCCAACACCUGAUCAUUAUUCUUCCGAGAGUUACAGUUCCCCAGGAACUUUGCAACAACCUUAUCAGGAGAGUGCGUCGAUGAACGACUCGUUAACUCAAUUCGAGCAACCAGCAACUCCGGCCGGACCAGCGAACAUGAGAAUCACUAGAAACACGAGAGCAAGAUUACGCGGAGGAACGAUUCAACAACCAAAGUACAAAGAGAUUGAUACCGAUUUCCCACCGGUUGCCCCGUCUCGAGGAAGGGGAGCUGGAGGAGGAGGCGGCGGGGGUGCCGGUGGUCGUGGCAGAGGUCGACGAGCCAUAAAUCCAAAUAGUUCCGAGGACGAAGCGAGUCUCUACUACGUUAUUCGGAACAACCGUUCUUCUUUAACGAAUAUCGUGGACGAUUGGAUCGAAAAGUACAAAAUCAAUCGAGAAAAUGCACUUCUUAUGUUGAUGCAAUUCUUCAUAAAUGGUAGCGGCUGCAAAGGUCGGAUCACACCCGAGAUGCAAGGUAAUAUGGAACAUGUAGCCAUCAUACGUCGCAUGACUGAAGAAUUCGACGAGGAGAGUGGCGAAUACCCUCUCAUUAUGACCGGGCAACAGUGGAAAAAGUUUCGGGCAAACUUUUGCGAAUUUGUACAAAUUCUCGUACGACAAUGCCAGUACGCAAUAAUUUACGAUCAAUUUCUCAUGGACAACGUCAUAUCCUUGUUGACCGGUCUCUCAGAUUCUCAGGUACGAGCAUUUAGACACACGGCUACACUCGCCGCUAUGAAACUCAUGACUGCAUUGGUGGACGUUGCUUUGACGGUAUCGAUUAACCUUGAUAAUACCCAGCGUCAAUACGAAGCGGAAAGACAAAAAGCUCGGGAAAAACGAGCCGCUGAUCGUCUCGAAUCUCUCAUGUCUAAGAGAAAAGAACUCGAAGAAAAUAUGGACGAGAUAAAAAACAUGCUGACAUACAUGUUUAAAUCCGUAUUCGUUCAUCGUUACAGAGACACACUUCCGGAAAUACGGGCAAUAUGUAUGGCCGAAAUAGGGGUGUGGAUGAAAAAAUUUCACCAAAAUUUCCUCGACGAUUCGUACCUCAAGUACAUAGGUUGGACGCUCCACGACAAAGUCGGUGAGGUUAGGCUCAAGUGUCUCCAAGCAUUGCAACCACUUUACGCUUCUGAAGAGCUCAAAGCUAAGCUCGAGCUCUUCACGAGUAAAUUUAAAGAUCGAAUCGUUGCGAUGACUCUCGACAAAGAAUACGACGUUGCGGUCCAAGCGGUUAAACUCGUCAUAUCGAUACUGAAGCACCAUCGGGACAUCCUCACCGACAAAGAUUGCGAACACGUUUACGAACUCGUUUACUCGUCGCAUCGUGCAGUCGCACAGGCCGCCGGUGAGUUUUUGAACGAACGUCUCUUUACGCAGGACGAACAAUCAGUCGCGGGUGUAAAGACGAAAAGGGGUAAAAAAAGAUUACCGAAUACACCUUUGAUACGGGAUCUCGUUCUCUUCUUUAUCGAGUCCGAGCUGCACGAGCACGGUGCUUAUCUCGUUGAUUCUCUCAUCGAAACAAACCAAAUGAUGAAAGAUUGGGAAUGCAUGACGGAUCUUUUGCUGGAAGAGGCCGGACCGGAGGAGGAAGCGCUCGACAAUCAAAAGGAGACGUCUCUCAUUGAGCUAAUGGUGUGUUGUAUAAAACAAGCCGCGACCGGUGAAGCGCCGGUUGGACGAGGACCAACGAGGAAAAUUCUCUCGGUUAAAGAGCAGAAGCAGGUGCAAGACGACAAGCAACGCUUGACCGAGCAUUUUAUCCAAACUUUGCCCCUUCUAUUGGACAAAUACCGAGCCGAUCCUGAAAAGUUGGCAAACUUGCUCGCUGUCCCGCAGUAUUUUGAUCUCGAGAUAUACACGAAAUCCCGACAGGAACAAAAUUUGGAUUCGUUGCUGAGCAAGAUCCACGGCAUUGUGGAGAAAAUGCACGACGCCGAGGUGCUCGACACGGCCGCGAAAACCCUCGAGUACAUGUGCACCGAUGGACAAGCGAUAUUCACCCGUUGUGACGUUGCACGCUCGACCCUCAUCGAUUGGAUAGUCAACAGAUACAAAGAAGCCAUCGACGAUUAUCGUACCGUAAUCGACGGGGCCGAUGUACCCGACGAAGAUGAGAUAUUCAACGUUGUACAGUCCCUCAAAAAAGUAUCUAUUUUUUACGGCUCCCACAAUUUAAAUCCUUGGAAUAUUUGGACCUCUUUGUACAAGGAUAUCGAGGAUGCGAAGGAUCCGUCAAGAGGAUUUCCCAACGAGGCAAUAAAAUAUUGCAUGAGCGCUUGUUUCUUCUCGAUUCUUUGGGGCCAAAAUAAUUUGAUCGAAGCCGGUGACACGGGGGCGCGAGGCGAAGAAGAAGCCCGACAGUUGCGGGAACGUUUGCUUUCUUUCAUGGAUUCGAUGAGAUACUUCGUUGUUGGGGACAGCACCGGGGUACCAGCACCGGCUAUACUCCGCGAGGAAGCUUACAACACUAUAUGCGAUUUACUGGUCGUAUUUUGCAAUCAACUCAACAGUCUCUCCAAUCCAUUGCUUCAUCAACUCGUUUACGAACCUGAUUUACAAAUGCAAUCGAUGCUCAAUCGCUUCAUUCAGGAAUACGUAUUUUCCGAGGAAGAAGAUGACGAGCAUGAUGAACACUCGAAAAUCGAGGAGCUUCACAAACGACGCAAUUUUCUCGCUGGUUAUUGUAAACUCAUAGUUUAUAAUAUGAUUCCUACGAAAGCGGCGGCUGACGUGUUCAAGCAUUACGUUAAAUAUUAUAACGAUUACGGAGAUAUUAUAAAAACGACACUCGGCAAAGCGCGCGAUAUCAACAAAACUAACUGCGCUCUCACCAUGCAACAAAGCUUGAAUAUUCUUUACAACGAGAUCGUCGCUGAAAAAGGAAAAGUCAAUCGGAACAGUGAAGAAUUCACGGCUAUCAAAGAACUCGCUAAACGAUUCGCCCUCUCGUUUGGUCUCGAUGCCGUUAAGAAUCGCGAAGCCAUUACCGCCCUCCAUCGAGCCGGUGUUUUAUUCGCCAUCACACCGCCGGACGGUGUUGAACUAGAUCCUACUGGUCCACCACCGAACUUGCCUUUCCUCGAGAUACUCGCCGAAUUUACCAACAAACUUCUCAAGCAGGACAAGCGCGUUGUUCUCAACUUUUUGGACAAAAGACUACAAGCCGGUAUGCCGUCCUCACGGGGCGAAGAUUGGCAGCCACUUUUGCUCUACAGGAAUAGUUUGCUUCACGGUGAGACGGACCAGGUACCGAUAACGAGUAAACGAGCGUAUACACGUCGUAAAAAGGAUCACGCGGCAGAAGAAGAGGAGGUGGACGAAGCAGACGAAAUAUCCGAUCACGAAUUUAUGGGUAUCUACUAACCGCUCUUUAUCGCCAAUUCGUUCACCAAUUCGUCAACGUCAUUCGCCCACGCUCAUCCUUAAUCUGCUUUGAAUGCGCGCAGUCCUUUCGCAAAAUUCAUCCCAUCGGUGCCCCCGACGCCGACAGGCAGUGCUUAUGGUCGUGGCUCUCCCCGAACGAUAUUUUUUAUUCACGAAAAAUGAGACAUUGAGAAUGAGAAUGAGUCUCAGGCGUGUGGGUGCGUAGUGUGCGAGAGUGCGUGUGUUAAAUUUGAGUCUCGAGUAUUGCGCGCGGGCAUCGGUACGCUUCGAAUCAUAUUGACAAUAAUUUUAUUAUUCACGGAGGGAACGGUAAAGGGCUUUGAAAAGAUGAAUAAAAAUAAAAUGAAAAACAAAAGAAAAACAUUCUCUUAGCGGGUUUGCUACCUAUGUAAUUUUGCAGGGCAGGGGCACACAUUCUGAACAGAUGAGAGCGAGUGAACUACACGACAAAGCUAAAGAGCCCUCCUCUACCCGGUGCCGCGUCCUAAGCAGCCUGUGUAGACUUUCAAACGAAAUUCUAUCGUAGCGUAAUAUCGAGAUCUCGAAGGAAUUUCGUCCAUUUCCAUUCGGCCGUACCGUUUUUAAUUAAGAAAACGAAUGAGACAAAAAAUAAACAAAACAAAGUGAUAACCUCAAGACGCUCAAUUUCCGUGCCUACGAGAAGAGCGAUUAGAUCUUAUAUCAUUGUAUUUUAUAUUUAUAGCAAACAAUACAAAUUGGUUACACAAUCGAAAAAUAAGA